GGCUCUUUCGCUACUUAAUUAGUCGCCUUCUGUGACUAGUACAGAUACGCAAAAAAUUUUUUGAUCGAGAAGCUUCUAUUGAUAUUACCAUUGAUUCUUGUGUUUUCGAGGAGUAGACAAGGAAAAAGAUGGGCGCUGUCUUCUCGAAAAGCUUGAAAUUGGGUCUAAGUCGCGUAAGUGGCGUCAAGCUCGUGAAACUAGGGAUUCUCACUGGCGUCGCAGCUUUCAUUAUGGCCAGGAUGCAAUUCUCCGUCCAACGGUGUUUGGUGUGGGUAAUGAGUUGCAUUUUGGAGAUAGACAAUUUGCAUUAGUUCAUGUGACAAGUCGCGGCGUUGAUGAGUCAGAGUCAUGAAUUUUCCAAGAAUAUAAAAUUAAAAAGUCUGUUGUAAUCUACGCGACCACUAUCAAUAACACUAUUUUUGAGCACUAAAUGGUCGUGGACCCUCUAACUCCACGACGCUGCAGAGGAACAGGGAGUUUCUUGAAGCUAGACCGGUUCCGCACAAAGAGGUGAAGCAAAAAGGAGUUAUGGAAGAAAUUUGAUAUAUAGCCAAGGAAUUUAUUAAUUAAGGUAAUUGUGCCUUAUUUAAGGCUCAACUUUCAACGGACAUUGGGGUUGGUCACUGAGAUCGAAGAGGCGACCCCUUAAGAGAACAGGGGGAAAUGAAGGGAAAACAAAGGGAGAGGCGUGGGGCCCUUUUCUUUCAGAAUCAGUGGCCGCUGACUGCUGCCCUUUAUGUCGUGAGUGUAGAAGUGGAUGCACUAGACUAGUACUAGACAUGAUACUUUUACGGACACGGAAGUUGAGGACUCGGUCGUGGGGGUUACGACUUGUCGUGGUAAUCUGUAAAUUGAGAUAUUACAAAACAAAAGACUCACUUUCUUGUUGCGGCUCUAAGACAACGAACGAUGGUCCGGGACGACAGGCAGGGGGACCAAGCACUCCGAUAAAACCAAAACCACCAGCAGCAAUUACGGCGGCAAUUAACGGGGUCUCGUUCUGAGAGAAGAGUCUCACGACAUAUUUACUUACUUACAUCUCUCUAUCUCGACACAUUUAAUUCUCUCUCAUAUAUGUUACAUCUUUCUAUCUUCACGAGGACAUAUUUGAUUACAUCUCUCUCAAAUGUAUGUGUAUCAUCAAAAAGAAUCACAUGUUAUAUGAUACAUCGCUCGACGUUGGUCCAAGUGCAAUACGCCUGUAGGAUCAAUCUAAAAUCUUUAUCGGCAUGUUUGAGCGCUUCAUCUCUAUUUGUUUUGUGAGGGAAGAAGAACGAGGCUUGAACAACUUCUAAUUAGAUCACUUAUACCCCCCGAUGGGGUACACUGCUACUCUUAUUCCCAAUUGUCCUAGCUCAUAACUCGAUUCAUCCUGCGUGUAGGUGCUAUAUGCCUGUUGCGGAUGCACAGAAUAGAAUCUCAUAGCUCAUCUAAAAAAGAACGCGAUCCCAGCAAGCUGCCAGGACAAAAGGUGCAGAAUUUCCGCAGGAAGAAAUACUUUCCGUCACCCGAAGCCAAACAAGGCAGUGGAGGAGUGCAAGAGAAGAACGCGGAUAAAGAACCUACAUCAGUCACAUCCACUUCAUCUCCGAGUUCGCCAACGUCCACUGCACUUCCUACUACUCCUUCGAGAGAGAGCAGUAGUCCUUCUCUGAGUUCGAUUGCGUCUGCUUCACCUGCUACUACUCCUUCGAAAGAGAUCAGUAGUCCUCCUCUGAGUUCGGCUCCAUCUACUUUAUUUUCUACUCCCGCUCUCGCACUGCAUAGCUACCAUCCUGGAGGGACGAAUGGUGAUUCCGCCGCUGCGAAUGGCAAGGUCACGGGCGAUACAGGUGUUACGAUUUCCCUUGAACUCCGUUGAUGAAGGGGAGGAGGAUACAAGACUAUGAGUAGUGACAGCAUAGGAGGAUAGGAGAGGAAGAUAGGGGAAUCGAGGAUACUAGGAAGUGGAAUAGGAGGUGGAUAAGCGCAGAAGAUAACAUCAGAAGUUGUUGUGAUAGCACAUGCCAUACAAAUCACUGUGGACUUCUGCAUACACAAGACACAGGAUAGAACCUGGGAACACAGAGCAAGAAUAGGACAUGCCUGGUAGUAAUAAGGACGUGCGGUGGGGAGGAGAACAUCGAAGUAAGAGUACUACUAAAUGAUGGAUUUCAAAAUUUGAACAGUGAUCUAGAGACUCAUAGCCGCAUUAGUAUGAAAGAACAACUGAUAGUACGAAGGAACAACAUUUGGGAUCAUGACUAGUACAUCACCUACUAUUUUUACGUAUUUAGUGAAAAAAAUUACACAGAAGCGAACGAAGUGACAACGAUUUCAAGCACCUUGGGACAACUUCAACCAUUUCAAAAAUCAUUACCAACAUUUACAAUAAAUCUGAUAUGAGAACGCUUACAACGAAUGAAGAACUGUACAAAUCUCUGUGUUAUGAUUGGCCGCCACGGAUCCUCACCUGUAAGAUAUUAUAGGUUUCGGAUUAUAUUAUCACUUCAUCAGACCACAUCUAUUUUUGGACUACAUGAUUGUUUUCAACAACAUAAGAACAAGAUGUAGAAAAUGAGAAUGCUAGAAAAUGAGAAUGUCAUUGGGAGCAUUGCGCUG